UCUUGCCUACAGAAUGCCCCCCGUCACCCCAACCCCAACAUGCUCAGCACCCCUUGUUUCUUGCGACAAGACACUAGCUUCCUUCCUGCCCUCAUUUCAAAGCUGUGAUGCACCUGGCGUUUUUGUUCGUCUGGCUAAUCUGUUGUGCUGAGCUCUCCAAACCUUUUCGCACUGAAGCUUACAGCAAGCAAGUGAGAGGCUUUCACUAGAGCACGGUUGUACUUUUCUAGCUUUGAGACGUCUCGAAAAUUUAUUGAUUUCUAUAGAAGGUUGUACUUCUCGAGCUUUGAGACGUAGGCUUUACUAACAGCAAAGUAGUAUCUUCCGAUGGCGGUCUCCUCGCCGCCCCACUGGUGCUCGCACGCGUCAUGGUGCCUCGUGCUCGGCCUGCUGCUGCUGUCGUUGUCCGCGACGGCGACGGCUCAGCCGACGAAGGCGCAGUAUCUCAGCGAGCUGAACACGCUCGUCGCAAGGCUCAAGAAGCAAAGCUGUAACAUCAUGGCGGAAGCAGUGUCACAAUUCAUUUCGCAAGUUGAGCAAGUCCCCGAUGCUGGAUUCGCCGCAGGCUACCAAGAGCUCACCUUCCUCGCACCUUCCGACUGGUCCUUCGCGAAAACGGCCUUCCGUCCGCGGGUCACCGCCGCAAGCCGGACAGAAAUAGUGAAGUACCACACUGUGUCAGGGCUCUACAGCUUCGCGCAGCUUAAAGCCCUGCCAAACCGCAGCAAGAUCCCCACUCUGGCAAGCAAGAGCAUUGUGAAGCACAGUGUGCGGCCCAGCAGGUUUUGGAAUCCCGGGACGAGUGUGGCGCUGAGUGCCCCUGGAGCGCAGCAGCUAUUUUGGGCGCAGGUGGAUACGAAGAAGCUGUUUAAUGGGCAGUGGGUGAAGGCACAUGUUAUAGACUGUGUUCUUGUUCCCAACUAGUGCAAAGCAAACACAUGCCGCAUAGCGGACCCUGUGUUUCCCCUGAAUUAAUGUGCACGUGCGUUGGACAGGACACAUGUGGUACUUGGUGGGCCUGGAGCGCAGUUGUCCCCUGAAGACACAUGCUAUAGACUUUCCUCUUGUCCAUUCUUACUCAGUGCAUAGUGAUACAGACAUUGUACAUGUCAUUCCCUACAUGUUAUGGCAUAUGUCACA